CAGUUUUUUUUUUUUUUUUUUUUUUUCCUUCCUUCUCCCACAGUGAGCAGCGCAGAGAACAGCGCGCGCAAAAAGGAGGGGUGGUGUGUACUUUUUUUUUUUUCCUCUUACUUUCCUUUUUUCCCCCUACCAACCUGCGUCCCUCCUUCCUUUGGAAUUUUUUUGGUGGGGAAGCUCGCAAAAGUCACAGCAGGCAAGAGCUGCCCAGCUCAAUGGAGGGGGUGCACACAGCAGAGGGGAAGGCACGAUACGAUGGCUACUGCAGCUUGUGUAUCAGAAGCAUUGCUAGGUCCAUUGGCAGAUUACUCCGGCGGUACCUGCUCCAUGCACGCAGCGGCCGUCAACCGCCAUGUCCCGGGCCGGUAUCCAGGCGCUGCUUGGAUCUUGGAGCCCCGGUCGAAACAGUAAAAUAUGGAGAGUCGAGUAAUCAUGCUUGUCGCGUACCUCGAUAGUGCUGCUGUGCUUGUUCCUUGACACCUGCAAAAAGCACGGAAAGGACAGCUCAGCUCAGCGCAGGCACAAGCAACGUGGCAGCCGCACCAGCUACAGUUAAUUACCGGGCCUGGUCUAAAG